AUGAAUUCCUUUGCCCGACGUGCCCGCGCCCGCGCCCGCGCCCCGGGGCUCCGGGCCCUCCGCCUGCCCCGUGGGGACCCGCGCUCCGCGGACGCCGGGCCCGGAGCGCCCCCCGACCCCGCCGGGGAGCCGCGGGUCCCGGAGCCCACCGCCCCGGGCGCCGAGCCCUCCGCCGGGCCCUCCGGAGGCCCGAAGACCCUCACGGUCUUGGUCUUGGUCGCCUCCACCCCGCUGCUGAUACAGCCCGGCCCAGCCUCAGCUGUUACACUGUCCCGUCAACCAGCUGCCCUGCAAGACAUGAAGCAGAGACCUGCCGAAGUGUCGUGUAAACCAGGGUUCUACCUCUCAGUGGAGUGCAAGUGCUGCUUGCGCUGUGAGGCUGGCAUAGAGUUCACCAGUUACACGAACUCCCUGCCUACCUGCAUGCGUUGCUCGGAGUGUCGAGAAGAUCAGGAAGUGAAGACUGCCUGUACCACAACCUCGAAUACAGUGUGCCAGUGUAAAACUGAUACUUUCCGGACGACAGAGGCCCCCGAGUUCUGCCAGCGAUGUAGAGAUAGGUGUCCUGAGGGCGAGGUUGAGGUGGUCUCUUGUGACUCCUGGCAUGACCGCAAGUGUGUGCCCAAGGCUGCUGGGGGGACCGGAGCUCCUGAAAAGCCAGUGAACACCACCACGGAGCCUCCUACUUCUACUUCUUCUCAUCUGGGAUGGGUGAUAGGAGGCAUCCUCGUCUUAGUUAUUAUAGGGUUCUGUGUUGUGGUAUGCAUUUGCAAGUACCGGAAGAAGAAAACAGGCAUCUGUCCAGGUCCAGGUGGUUUAGCAGCCCUCAAAACGGCCUUCUCCAAGUGUUCCACAAGACCGGCUGAGGUUCAGGACAAUAACCACAAUGAGACUCUGAGUCUCGGACCUCUCCCCUCUACCGUGCACGUGGAACAAGAAACAGGAAGACCAAACCGGGCGACACGUGCCGACGCGCGGUCCCCAGGGGAGGCCCAGUGUCUGCUGGAGGGACCUGCAAAGAAAAGGUUGCUUGUUCCGGUGGAUGGUGUAGACCUCAUUGAGACCCUGAAGCUGUCCUUCAUCUACUUUCAAUCUGUCAUUCCCUUGAAGUCGUGGGACAAGCUCAUGAGGCAGAUGGGCCUGUCCGACAACGACAUCCUCCUAGCCCGAGCGGUAGCACCGCACGACGCUCUGUACGAAAUGCUGCUCACGUGGCUGCAGAAGACAGGACGGCAUGCCUCCCUCAACACCCUGCUCGACGCCUUGGAAACCCUGGGGGAGAGAUGCGCCAGGGACAAAAUUGAGGACCACAUGGUGCACUCCGGGAAGUUCGUCUACGAAGAUGAUUCUGCUCUUCCUAGACCAGCCGAUCCAGGUCUAGGAUCCAGCCUAGUGGGCCUCCUGGGCUGGUACCCACUGCUGGCGGGGGCUCCGUCUCCUGUGUCUCAAAGGAUGCUGGGUGGUAAGCUGAUUCCUGCCGCCAUCCUGUCCACAUGUGAGCAGUGCAGGAGGGGGACACUGCACCGGGGGGUAACAGUACCCCCCUAUACCCCCCAUACCCCCCCAUACUCCCUGGGCCUGGUGCUCUGA